AUGCCCCGAGCGCAACGCGCAAGAAAGCGCAAGCAGGCUGUUGUUGACCAUGACAUUGCCAUACACAGCGACGAAAGGUCCACGGCUGUGGUAGCAACCACGCUGAACAUAGCUUCAGUGUCCAAGAUGACGGUUGGCUCCCAAAGAUCCUUGGCUGAGUGUCUUGAAACCGAUGAUCUGUAUUCUGGGAUGGUGCACGAUGACAUGUGGACCGGAAACAGUAUGGGUCUAGGAAUCCCCCGUGAUAACAGCACAUUACGUAUGUUAGAACGUAAAGUCGCUAAAAUGGAAUCGGCCAGGGCCGCGGACAGGGCCGAGGACAAGCGGCAGUACGAGGCCACCCAUCGAAGACUCCAAGAGAAGAUUUCUGGUCUCCAUUACAUGAUCGAUGUCAUCGGCCGACAGAACCACGCACGAUAUAUCGUCGGCUAUUCACAAAUGAGGACUAGAUUCAUUUCAAUAUUCCAGAGGGACAUUCUCAAGAUCGCGUCCAGCGAAGACAGGGUUCUUAUCGGCCGAGGAAACACAGCAGCCCACGAUGGGAAUUUCCUAGCUGAUGCGAAGUUAUACGAUAUGGGCUUCGUUGCGGAGGAUGGCACGCGAUUUCCUCCCCGUAAUGAUUGUGAAGUCUUCGAACAGCUCUACGGAGUUCUUCCUUCCCUUGCUGGGGUAAUUAAGUAUACGCCGACCAUUCUUGUGCUGGAGCAACAUGCCACGAUUGUCUCGUCAACGCACAUGAAAACACCCAUUUUUAAGGAGCGAUUCGAGGCAUUUAUACGCUCCUUGGCAGCUUCCAACAACGCUUCUGAUUAUCUCGAUUCAGAUUCACCGCACCUCGAAGAGUUUCGUCUUACAUAUAAUUAUUUCUGGGAUGCUGUGCGCACAGAGGUGUCGCGUCAAGAGGCGACGGGUUUGGAGCCAGGUGUGGCAAAAGGGGGCUUUGCAUCUCAACAUCAUCUGGAGAGUUAG